AGCUCCAUCCAUUGCCAGUAAUGGCUGCACAGUAUGUGGAAGUGGACUGAGGUUUCGUUUAAUCUACUGUCAAGUCCAUGAGCUGAGCUGCAAACCAUCUACAAAUUCAUGCACUUCAACCGGUCGACUCUGUCUUCUCGCUCCCAACUCACUCUGGUCCCUCCCUCCCUUUCUUCUCCUCGAUGUCCAUUGUCCCGCACACCAUUCUGCGCCCGUUCGGCGUGAACCCGUGCGGCGGCGGCGGCGGCUAUCUGAGGCGGCACGCACGGACGUGCCUCCGCCGUGCGAGCCCCGUCGGUGCAACGAACGGGAAUGAGCCGGGCGGUAGCAAGAAGAGGAGUAGGAAGAGGCCGGCGGAGGAGUCGCGGUUGGAGGUCCUUUAUGAUGACGGGUUCGGGAGCGUCACCAUGAAGGACUACCGGGAGGCGGUGAGGGCCAUGCCCAGGGACGACGGCGGGCCGCCGCGGUGGUUCUGCCCCGUGGAGUGCGGCCGGCCGGAGGUCGACAGGGCGCCGCUGCUGCUCUUCUUGCCAGGAGUCGAUGGUGUUGGAAUGGAGCUCAUUCUGCACCACAAAUCACUGGGCAAAGUAUUUGAGGUUUGCUGCUUUCAUAUACCAGUAAAUGACCGCACACCAUUUGAAGGUUUAUUACAAAUUGUGGAAGAAUAUGUCAAACAUGAGAAUGCUUUGUCGCCAAGCAGACCAAUAUAUAUAAUUGGGGAUUCUUUUGGUGGAUGUCUUGCAAUUUCAGUGGCAGCUCGCAAUCCAGAAAUCGACUUGGUUCUUACACUAGUAAAUCCAGCAACAUCAUCUGCAAAAGCUUCGUUGCAGGCAGUAUUGCCUCUUUUGGAAGCAGUGGCGAGCAACCUUUCAUUUAUACAUCCUCACCUUCUCAAAUAUUCAAUGGGGCUGGACUAUUCUGUUACCGGUAACAGAAUAUUAUUCUGUUACCCUCGCCCCCGAUAAGGCGCGACGCGUCCACGACCGAUCCAGCCCCAAUCCGACUCGCUUCCUACCGCCGGAGGCAGCCGUCGCGGGCGCAGCCGGAGCGAGAGAGCCCGCGGCGCCGUGAUUGGCCCGCGACGGAUCCGCCGCCGCCUCCUCGUUGCUUCCGUCGCCGGAUCCAUCGUCGGGGUCGUCAUCCCUGCCUCCUGCCUCCCUCCGUCGCCGGAUCCAUCGUCGGGGUCGUCAUCCCUGCCUCCUGCCACCCUCCGUCGCCGGGUCCAUCGUCGGAGCCGUCAUCCCCGCCUCCUGCCUCCCUCCGUCAUCGGGUCUCCUUCUCCGGGGCAGUUAUCCCCGCAAGGUGCUUCCUCUAUGAACCUCUUCGCCAGACGUCCACCACAAGCAGGUGCUGCGUCAAUGGUGCCGCCUCGCAAGAACAUGCCAGUAAGACGCCCAUGAGAGGUAGAAGAAGAAGACAGUACACUGGAGGUAAUGUCUACUCCCCACGUUUGUGUCACUCCAUCAGUUCGUCAGUCCUGCUAUGAAGAAGAACCCGAUGGUACAUGGCAAAUGCUAGCAUCAGUUCAUUGACACCCCUGCCACUUGAUGCACGAUUAGGAUGUCGAGGUUACUGUCAGUGCAUCUAAUAUGCUAUCUUCAGUUCAAGUUAAAAGAAAAAUAACACAUAUGCGUCAGUCCAGGUAUUGUGACAAGAUUCAGCUACCGCUGAGAGUUGUAUGUUGUUAUUCCUAAGAGUACAAGUCAUGUAAUUGCGUCAGUUCGAACGAGUAACAAAACUGUUACCAAAAAAAAUAUAAAAUUGCUACACAAUAAGUUCAGUGAUACAUAAGCUAGCAGUACUUGUAAUGUAUAUGCAUUGAUGCACGAUUAGGAUGUCGAGGUUACUGUCAGUGCAUCUAAUAUACUAUCUUCAGUUCAAGUUAGAAAAAAUAGCACAUAUGCGUCAGUCCAGGUAGAUAGUGACGAGAGAGUGCCACAGUUACACAGUAAGUUCAAUGAUACAUAAACUAGGAGUACUUCAAGUGUAGUUGCAUAAGUUACAGAAGAACAAAGGAGAAGUCAUGCAUGAGUUCAAUGUCCAGUUUACAAAACAGUGCUAAAAAAACAGUACAUCAGUACAUCCGUGUUUGAACAUGAACGUUCAUCAGUUCGACUGAAAAACGAAACCAGAUUAAUCCCAAAAACUUUUGAAUGUUGUUUGCAGAAGCAUGCAAGGCGGCGCACGCAGCAAGCAUUUCAUGAGCAAAACAGAUAUGGGGCACCACCUGGUUGGGUAACACCAGAAAUACCGCCUGGAUAUUUCAACAGUACAGGCAGAUUUGAAGAUACACCGCAAUCAUCAGAAGCACGGACAGGUCCUUCUAUACAGCAAACAGCAAUGUCUGGGAAUGCAAGCUUUGCCGCUACUGGGUUGCAACUAGGCCAACAAUAUCACCAACAACAAAUGUUUUCCUUCCCCAGCGCAUAAGAAGGCUUCCACCAGUCGCUCCGUCAACAUCAAUCAUCCGUGCUGCAAAAGCAAUUGCAACGGCAAGACCAGGGCAAAAAGACAGAAAUUUUGGCCACUCUAGCAGGUUCAAAAGUACAAGAUAUGAGCCAUAUAGACAGGAGCAACAUCACAAUGAAUCUGAGGAGAGACGUCCGUACAACGAGAGACGGAGAUCUUCGUCAUCGUUGCUCCCUCCAAGAGAUGCAUUGCUGCAUGUGCCAAGGGUGACACCACCGGCGCCCAUAAACCAGGGAGAACAACAAACACCAGAGGCAGCCCAGAGCUAUACACAUCCACCUGACAUUGAAGCUUAUGUUCUGCCAAGGCUAGAGAUGAGGUUUGAAACUUUCGAAGAAACUAAGAACUUAUACAACGUAUAUGCAAAGCACGCUGGUUUUGCUGUCAGGGAAGGCCCCAAGUUUAAGACCAGAGCCUACCUUUAUUGCACGUGCCAUGGAGUUUAUGAAUCAAAGGUGUCUGAAGCAAAUAGACAGCGGAACAAAACGACAGCAAGGACUAACUGCGGGGCUAAAAUGAGGCUGAAGAUUGAAAAGGAUGGAACACUUGUCGUAAAAGAGAUAGUCUGGGUGUUGGGUUUCGUAGUAAUUUCAAAAAAUUUCCUACGCUCA